GUGUGUUUCUCUCAUUUCAAUGUGACCUGCGUCCGCCAUACCGUUAUGAUUGGAUUGCACGGCUGCAACAGAGUGGAGCUUCUUAUCAGAGCAACGUGACACUUUUCACCGUCCGGUAUAAAAGUCACUUUGAGCUCGAGCCAGCAACUGCUACAAAAGAGGUGAAAAUGGCUGAAGACAUUAAGGCCAAACUUGAGAAAUAUCGCACUGCUCCCUUUGAUGCCAGAUUCCCCAACCAGAACCAGACCAGGAACUGCUGGGCAAACUACCUGGACUAUCACCGCUGCCAGAAAGCUCUGGAUGCUAAAGGAGUAGACACUGCCCCGUGUGAAUGGUACAGGAGGGUCUACAAAUCACUCUGCCCCAUGGCCUGGAUCCAGAAAUGGGAUGACCAGAGAGCAGAGGGGACCUUUCCAGGAAAAAUCUAAAGACUGCCUUCGCCAAAGCUGCUGGACUGCAAAGAUGUAGUCUUCCCAGCUAAAUGUUUGUAUCUGUGGUUGGAGAGCUGUGUGGCACCAUCACCACCUUUCCACUAUUGAUGCUGUGCCACAUGAGCCAUCUAUAACUGAAUGUUCAUUCCUUACAAAUACCAUGAGAUGUACUGCAUUAAAAUAUCUCAGGAUAUAUUUAUGGAG